AUGGUUUGCCAUAAGUUAAAGCAAGAAAUUAUUCUAACUCAUGUGAUGCACAAACAGGAGCCAUUACUUAACUCUAGAGGAAAUAAAACCACUGGGGCAAAAGUGCCACUUUCUUUUACAGUGCAAGCAAAGACAACCAGCAUUGAUACAACACCCAAAGAUAACUGGCAACAUCCAGAAACAACGACAACAUCUGCAUAUAAAGAUGACAAAAAGCCAUUAUCCAAAGAUAUUGAAACAACUGUUGACAAUCUAAAAUUAGGGCAGGUGGACGUUUUGGAUCUUAGUGGUAAACUAGCAUCGAAAGAAGACACAAUGGCAAUCGCUGAAGCAUUGAAGAUAAAUAAAACAUUGACGUAUCUUUGGAUACACGAGAAUAAUAUAUCGGAUCAAGGCGCAAUGGCGAUCGCUGAAGCAUUGAAGAUAAAUGAAACAUUGACUAAGCUUUGGGCAUACAAGAAUAAUAUAUCGGAUCAAGGCGCAAUGGCGAUCGCUGAAGCAUUGAAGAUAAAUGAAACAUUGACUAAGCUUUGGGCAUACAAGAAUAAUAUAUCGGAUCAAGGCACAAUGGCGAUCGCUGAAGCAUUGAAGAUAAAUAAAACAUUGACUCAGCUUUGGAUAUACAAGAAUAAUAUAUCGGAUCAAGGCGCAAUGGCGAUCGCUGAAGCAUUGAAGAUAAAUAAAACAUUGAUAGCACUUAAUAUAUCCAAGAAUAAUAUAUCGAAAGAGAAGAUACAAGGAAUUAAGCGAGCAUGGAAUAACAGGUCGUCGAAUCUCUAUUGUUAA